CCCGCGUCGCGUUGAUAGCUAACUAGCAUUCAUCUAAUUGUCCUCGCCUCCAAUUACUACGCCUUGGAGGUGCCCUAGUCCACCCUCCAUAUUUUGUUCCGCUAGAUAGACUGAAUAUUGUCAUUUCUGCGACCGCAGUGACACCUGAUUUACGAUUGUCCGUCGACAUUUAGUCACAAUGGACGACCCAGCGAGCCGCGUCCCGGCGCAGUUGCUGCCGCACAUGCAUCUGGUGUCGCGCCAUCGGUACCCUUUGAUGCAUAUGAUGCCGACAGACACCGUCGUCGAAUACCUCCUGUCCGCGCCCAAGAUCGUUCGCGAAGCUCAACCGAUGCACUGGACCUUUUUAGAUGGACCUCAGGAUGGAACGGUGAUGCUCACAUGGCAGCCUCUUAACCACCUGGGAACAAACUUCGCCAGUGAUGGUUACGUCUGGGCCGACGUGGAACAGGCCUUUACCUUUGAAGCUCGUGGAUACAUGGUGGAGAUGUGGCUCCAUCGCAGUGGUUACCACCCUCCCAAUGAGUCUGUGGCCAUCCACUGUCGCAGACGCUACCGGCUGUUGCCCACGAAAGUCCCCAACCCUAGCCUUCCCCCGCCGGACCCGUCACUAUGGAUUGUGCAUUACUCCAGAGCGCCUCCUACGGAACAUAUUCCAGCGAACCGGAUUCCAGUCUCCCCGCAAGUGCAAAAUAUGCUGGCUCAACGUCGUUUCCUCCAAAGCCAGGGUCAACUGGCGCGCAAAGACUUUAUGCUUCAUGAUCGGAACAACUGGCCCACCAUCAACUUUCCUCCACAGAUAGCGCCGCAAGCACUUGCCCAACCGGCGGGGCCAUAUCCCAAUGCCAUGGUUGGCCGCCAGCCGUUCUAUCCCCAGCCCGGCCAGCCUGUGCCAGCGCCGGCCGCUGCAGCUCCGGCCAAGGCACCCCGUGGACAUCGCGCCUCAACUGCGGCGAUGACCGCCGCAGCAGCUGAUUUCGCACUCGAAGAUGAAGACGUUUCCACGGGCGACAUGAUGGAUUUGUUGACUCCUCGGGAAGUCAGCAAAAUGAGAUAUCAGCAACACCACGAGUGGAUGGAAGAGAUCUUCGCCUCGCCAUAUGCGAUCAGUCAGAUUACGCCUGUUUCUUUGGGACUCGGUCGCAAAGGCGAGCUGGAGACUCUGACUGCAGGCUUUUUCGAUGCUCCGGUUGGGCCUGCAGGUGGCGAUUCGAAAGAAGGCACUGAGUCUACUCAAGCGACGAAGAUGGAGCCCGAAAAGGCAAAGGAGUUUGCCGACCGGGUUGCCAAAAAGGUCGCCGACAUGACUGCAGAAAUUGAGAAGCUUAAGAAGCGGCAUGCCCGAAGGAUGGAAAAGUUCAAUCGCACCUCUCUACUCAAGGAUGCUGAGCUCCGACUUCGGGAUGCGGCAGCGAACCCCGAAGACACCGGGACGGAGAUUUGGCGGAUGGAAGGUCGCACUGAGAUGCCGACCGAAGGGGAUGGAGCUGAGGUCGUUCCCGUUGAACACAAGGCCAAGUACAAGGUUGAUGACAUCGUCCGAGAAGUUGAAGCCUCGUGGCGCAGAAAAAUCGUACCGGAACCCAAGGUUUCCUGCGUACAAAAGGGUGGCUUGCUGGAAAAGAUUGAACCCGAACCUGUUUCGACUGCAGCUGAUGUUGAUGUCGACAUGGGCCAUACGGACAGUCAUCACCUCGGUCAGUUCGGCGCGCCUGCCCAAGAGGCAGCUCCCGCAGCUCAGGGACAAGCGGCGCCAACGGCCACUGGAGCGGCACCUGCUCAACCCACCGCGUCUUUGGAUGCCGAAAUGGACAUGGGAGAUGGGCAACCCACGAAUACCGCCGUUGGAGAAACUGGCGACUGGGUAAUGGUGAACGAGGACAAGAAGGAUGACAAUAUCAAUAGACCGCCUGGCGACUUGCAAGCGGGUGAAACGCCGGGAAGCGGAUUACAAGGACUAACUCCUGGCCCUGGAAGCGCGGGCGACACCGGUCUUGACAGCGCGAAUUUCGACUUCACCAACAUGGACAGUGCCGGAGACGCGCUGGCAGCAUACACGGAGCAGAACGAGGGUCUGGAUCUCCCUGAUCUGGACAACUCGGCAUUUGGGGAUGCCUUUCACGCAUCAGAUAAUGAACAUACCCACCACCAUGAUGCAGAUGACAUGUCAUAAACGGGCCCGGAGGUGGUCGCAUAUUUUUCUUGUUUGGAUGUAGGCUUUAUCAACGGGUGUUGGAUGGUUCUAUUUUAUGGUGGGCGCUGGUUGAUACUUUUUUGUCGCCUUCUGCUGCCCACUCUUCCAAGGAAAAGAACAUGUGUUGUGCGAUCUAGAUAGGAGACACACACAAUCGAUUCGUGACGGCCUGUAUCAAGGCCGCCGUUCUGCACUCUGGCAUCGAUCUAUCUUAUACUAUACUCUACGCUUUACUCCAGGGUUUGGUUCACAUAAGGUCUACAAUGUAUUAAGAGUCCGAUGUUGUGGUGUGCCUCCUCUAUCAGUUGUCCCGCGCACAUGACGGCGUCACUGGAUGAACAUAAUUGCAAC